UCUGGCCCUCAACCCCCCCUCUCUGUCUGACUGCAGCAGGUUAAACAGUGCUUCGCUGCAGUAUCAUCGGCUCCUUCCCUCUGGAAUACAGAUACAGGGGGAUCUCUUUUACCAGCCAGGCCUGCGUUACACAGCAAUGACUGGGGCUUGUUUGCGGAGACUGCAGAUUGACUGUCGGGCUACUACUGCAACAAACCGCACCUCACGGUAAAGGAGAAGACAAGCGAUACUGGCGGGAAGUAAAGAUGAAGAGGAGAAUCUAUAAGAGGAUAUAAAACAGCACAGGAGAGAAAAGACUUGUGGGCGUGAAGAGGAGGAAGAAGGAUAAAGGAAGUGAGUGGAUGAGGUGACGUGACAGGAAGAGAAAGAAGAGAAUAGUGAAGUGUGAUGUCUGCAAAACAAAAUGCAUGCAGUGUUCAACAGAGUCACAUUUGAUCUUCUCAGCCAUGUUCAAACAAGGAGGAAUUCCACAGCUUGAUGAAUUUGGAGGAUCCUUCCCACUGUUAAUAGAACUUGAAUUACAUCACAUAAUCAUCUGUGUUCAUGCUCAGCAGGACAGAUCAAUUUCUACAGCGCAAGUGGCAUCAGAUAUUUCACAAACAGCUGUUUUUAGAGACGAUUCUUUGCUAUAUUUAGCCUAAGGACAGAAGUUAGAUUAAAAAAAAAAAAAAACUAAAAAAUCUACAAACUUGGAGAGCCAAAGUCAAAAUCUUCCUUCAGGUACUGUGUGUUGGACAGGAUGUGACUGGAAAUUAGAGCAGUGGGCUAAAAUCUCCCGACAGCAAAACUUUAACAGAGCAACCCUGCAAAAAUGCCGUGCUCCCCUUUCCGUAUUGGAAGGCCAAAAAAAUUCUGGAAACAUGAUGGGAGUGACCCCCGGAUUUCUACAACACUAGAGCCCCAGCUGUUCCAGCCUACACUCCCAUACACCACCUCACCAUUCCACAAGACCACAGAUUUUUUUGAAAUGAUUGAAAAGAUGCAGGGCAACAGGAUGGAUGAGCAGAGAUGCACCUUUCCUCCCCCACUCAAGACUGAGGAGGACUACAUUCCAUACCCAAGUGUCCAUGAGGUGCUGGGCAGAAAAAGCCCCUUUCCUCUCAUCCUCCUGCCUCAGUUUGGGGGAUACUGGAUUGAGGGGACCAACCAUGAGCUGAGUGACGCCGUGGACGCAGAGCAGCUGCAGCCCCUGUCCCCAAACACCCGCACCAAGCUGGAAUGUAACACAACAGCCACACUCUACCGGAAACACUUCCUGAGCAAGGAACACUUUAAUUACUAUUCAGUGGACAGUGCUCUUGGACAUCUGGUGUUCUCCCUCAAGUACGACGUGAUUGGUGACCAGGAACAUCUCCGGCUAAUGCUCAGGACCAAACUGAAAACCUACCAUGAUGUGAUCCCCAUUUCCUGCCUGACAGAGUUCCCCAACGUGGUCCAAAUGGCCAAGCUUGUCUGCGAAGAGGUCAACGUGGACCGUUUUUUCCCUGUCCUUUAUCCAAAAGCUUCAAGACUUAUUGUCACCUUUGAUGAACAUGUGAUAAGCAACAAUUUCAAGUUUGGGGUCAUCUAUCAAAAGUUUGGACAGACUUCAGAGGAAGAACUGUUUGGCAACAGCGAAGAGAGUCCUGCCUUUGUUGAAUUCCUGGAGUUUUUAGGAGAGAAAAUUGAGCUGCACAACUUUAAAGGUUUCCGUGGAGGGUUAGACGUGACUCAUGGGCAGACUGGCACAGAAUCUGUCUACUGCAACUACCGCAGCAAAGAGGUCAUGUUCCAUGUGUCCACAAAGCUGCCUUACACAGAGGGGGACACCCAGCAGUUACAGCGAAAGAGGCACAUAGGGAAUGAUAUUGUGGCCAUUGUAUUCCAAGAGGAAAACACUCCCUUUGUACCAGACAUGAUUGCCUCUAAUUUUCUCCACGCCUAUGUUGUGGUCCAAGUGGUCAACCCGUGCUCUGACAAAGCUCUCUACAAGGUAUCAGUGACAGCACGGGAUGAUGUACCUUUCUUUGGCCCAGCCCUCCCAAACCCAGCUGUCUUUAAAAAAGGCCCUGAAUUCCAUGACUUCCUUUUUACUAAGCUCAUCAAUGCAGAGUAUGCAUGCUACAAAGCUGAGAAAUUUGCCAAACUGGAGGAGCGAACGCGGUCGGCUUUGUUAGAGACCCUGUAUGAAGAGCUCCAUAUGAACAGCCAGGCCAUGAUGGGAGUUGGAGGAGAGGACGACAAACUGGAAAACGGGAGUGGAGGAGGAGGGGGCUUCUUUGAGUCCUUCAAGCGGGUGAUCCGCAGCAGGAGCCAGUCUAUGGAUGCCAUGGGUCUUACUUUCAAGAAGCCGCACACAGUCUCCACUAGCCUGAGCGGCAGCUUUAACCACAACCCCGCAGAGAGCCCCAAAUUCCCAGGGAUAUCAUUGCUUGUCCCAGGCAAAAGUCCCAGUAAAUAUGGACGUCGAGGCAGUGCCAUAGGGAUAGGAACAGUAGAAGAGUCGUUGAUAAUCCCAGGGAAAAGCCCGACCAGGAAAAAAUCUGGUCCGUUCAGCUCCAGGCGAAGCAGUGCCAUCGGUAUUGAAAACAUUCAAGAAGUCCAGGAGAAGAGUAGAGAGAACUCCCCAAAUACCCAGAAGACCCCUGACAGUGGCCACGUCUCUCAAGACCCCAAAUCUGACAACUCUUCCAAUCAGAGCUCCCCUGAAGUGCUCACAACCACCAAGAACAGUUCUUAUCUCGGUGGCAGGGCCCCAUCCAUCCCUGAGGGUCACGACCUCUCCCGCUCCUCCUCCAACGCUAGCAGCUUCGCCAGUGUGGUGGAGGAGAACGAGACAGAGGCCACAGAGGACUAUGACACAGGCAUGGAGAGUCUGUCAUCAGCCGGGACGCCACACAAGCGAGACUCCUUCACCUACAGCACCUGGCUGGAGGACAGCAUCAGCAGCACCAGUACCGCCAGUCGUGGGAGCUCCCCAGGGCCUGGUAAACCCGAAAGAGGAAAGGGGACAGACAUCCGUAUCAAACUGGAACGACCUCACGAUCAUCAGUCCUCAUCGCAUUCCCAUAAGUCACAAUCCUUCUGGGAGGUGAGACAAGUGCAGGCGUUCGCCAUGACCAGUGAUGCGAGGGAGAAAGCUGAGGAAGAUGAGAAAGAAGAGAAGAUGCAGGUGGAGCCUGGCCAGCCUGCUGCUCACUGAGGGGCAGAAUGCAGAAGUCCAGAAACCUGGAGGACACUGGAGAGGAUGACGCACAAGGAGGGGCCAGCUUUUGCACAGUGUUGUUUCCUUCCACUCUUUUCUUUGCCUGUUCACACAUCUGUUGCCUGGUUGUAUUUUGUUGUUUUUUGUUUGUUUGUUUGUUUUUUUUUUACCUAUCUUUGUUUCAAAAGCACACAUUUUUAUCUACAAAUGUAAUAAUUUUAUUUGUAAGACUUGGGUUUAGUUUGUCUUGUUAAAGCCUAAGUGUGCUGGCUAUACAGGGUAAAUAUAGUGCCACUGAUCUCUGUGUUGAGACUGUGAGAAGGACGUUUGCUGCAACACAGAAGAAGAUCAUUGUCUGGAUGGAUUUACCAAAUCAACAAAGGUUUUGGCUCAAUAAAGAUCUCUAAUGUAUACGUAAUACCAAAUAUUCAGCAUCAGAGAUGAGUAUUUUCUAACAAAAUAUCCAAUGUGAUAUAGAUUUAUUCUGUUGGAUGCUCUUAAAUGUGAUUAUUUCCUGGGUAAAAUCCAAACACAAGGACUGUAUAGCUGCAGCAAAACAGUUGUACCCUUUCCUCUACCACUCUAAUCUCCGUAACAUUAGAUUUCAAACUGAACAUCACAAGUCACAGGAAAGAUAGCAAUGUUUCAUAAAUGAAAUGAAAUGGCCUUAAAACGUAAACAUGCAAUCUCUUUGUUCCUCCAAAUUAUUUUACCUCACUUCUUUGACUCACAUGUUCUGCAGCCAAUAAUGGGACGGCAGUAUUAGAUAGAGAUUAAAACUAAUAUAUUCAGAAUUCCUUUUAAGAACACUAGUUUCUUUCAAAAAAAUGGUGGUGCAAUGCACCAACACUGUCUGUACAGUCUGCUAAUAUAUGGAUAUAUCCAUCCAAUGACUGAUUUAACUGCUUUGUCUGUCGUGUUUGCUGCUGUGGAGACCAGUCUCUACAUUAUGUUCGGAGUUGCUUUUUUUCCCUCUGAUAUAUGUUUUUAUUUAUUGGUUUGGUUCCUAUUGAAGUGGCAUUUAUGGCAUAUGUUAUACCGUACCUCUAUAGUGACUCCAUCCAGUAACCUGUCAUAUACUUACUCUGUAUGUGUUGCUUUGGAGUAAAUUAUAAUGUUGUCAUCUGUAAAGCUCUGUGUUUUUCAGGGGUCAGAUCUCUUUCAGUGCAGUACAUUUGCAAUGCAACUAUAAUAAAACAGUGAAUAUUUAUUUGCUAGUUAGAAAAUAACUGCAAAAUACAACUACUGAUUUUGUAAAUAGAUAUUAAGUUGGAGUACAUAGUGUAUAAUGUAUAGGCCAUUUGUUUAAGAUGGGAUUGACCAACACCUCAAAAUAACUGCCAAGAUAAAAAUUUAUUGUUGUUGUUUUUUUCUCAUACACUUAAAUUUAAAUAUUAUUUUGAGAGAGUUUUGUAGAAUAAAAAUUAUUUUAAAAGCUAUUCAGACUGUUCUGUAAAAGGGAAGAUCUCACAGUACAUCCUGCUGAUCAUUUCAGUUGCCUUAUCAUCACAAACUGAUGAUGUAAGUAUAGAUUAUGAAGCAAAUGUUUAACUGCCAGCAGGAUUUACAAUGAAAUGAAUGUUUUGUUGUUGUUGUUUUUAUUGUAAAUAAAUGC